CUUUGUUUUCAUGGUUAAGGCCUUCUUGUGUUGCUAUUGCUGCUUAAUUCUCGCCAUUUCUCCAAUGUUGUUUUCCGAAGCCCGAGAUUGAACCUUCGUGCGUAAGCUACGUUCACCCUUUUCCCCCAUUCAUCAUCUCAAUCUUAUCUGAAAUCAAAUCAUUGAUCCAACCCCACUUUUUAUUUUUUUUUCCUUUUUCUCAACUCUGAUUCGAUUAUAUUUGCUCCAAUUGUGCCAAUUCUGCUGAUCAUCAGGUAGAUAAACUUGAAAUUAGUGGGGAUUUUAUGUUAUCUUCUGGUGUCUAGAUUGAUUCCAUGUUCGAUUGCUGGAACGUGUGGUCCAGAUCUCUUUGGUUGUGGUUGUGAAACUGUGUACAGGAUUUCUUGCUGCAGUUCAGUAUCCUCCAAUAUAUCUUGAGAUGGUAAUUUGAGGUUGAAUUGAGAAUUUGAGUGUCAAUAGGCAGGAAAAAUUGAACAUGAAUUUGUGGGUAAGUCAGCUGUUUACAUUUCUAGCCUUAUUAUUAUAUCAGCAUUCUGUGAAAAGAAUUAGCAGCUUGAGCAGCUGAGAAACUGUUAUUAUGGCACUAAAUAAGACAGGAAAGUUGUUUGGUACCAACACUGGGGAGGACCCUGGCUUGUUUCCUCAAAACACCCGGCCAGAAUUGCGCGGUGGUGUUGCAAAUACAGGACAACAAAUGCAUAGUAAUAUCUCUCUACAGGCAGGGGAAGAAUUUGCUGUGAAUUUUGGUCAUGAUGGAAUUGCUGCACGAAGAGUUCCUGUUUCACCUGAUAUACCUCGAAAUCAUGAGAAUAGGGUUGGGUUGAAUAGGGAGAGUGGCCCCGUGAGAUAUGAGGAUCUUACAAAUAUUUUGGGGUUGAGGAGAAUGGACUCUGAGUGUGCUUCUGACAUAUCAGACUUUGUCUCCAUAAAACAGCCUGCACAGGAGAUGGAAAAUUGGGCUUCUGUUAACAUUUUAAGCAAAAUUCAAAAGGGAGAUGGUGAUAGUUGCCAUGCAUUGAGGAAGGCUGUUCGUGAAUCAAUUGGUGACCAACCUGGUAUUGGGCCAGCUGUAUCACCCCUUCUCAGAUAUGAAUCUUCUCAGACCAAUGGGUUUUCUGGUUCUGGAAUUUUAGAUGAUUCUGUGUCUGGGAAAAUGAAGUUUCUGUGCAGCUUUGGUGGAAAAAUAUUACCAAGGCCCAGUGAUGGGAAACUCAGAUAUGUAGGGGGUGAGACACACAUUAUAUCUAUCCGAAAGGAUAUUUCAUGGGAGGAGCUAGUGAAGAAGACCUUGGGUGUUUGCAUUCAACAUCACACAAUCAAAUACCAACUUCCUGGGGAGGAUCUUGAUGCUCUAAUAUCUGUUUCAUCUGAUGAGGACCUUCAAAAUAUGAUAGAGGAAUACCAUGGGCUUGAAAGGCAUGAAGGUUCUCAAAAGCUAAGAAUUUUUUUGGUUCCUUUGGGUGAAUCUGAAGAGACAUCGUCAACAGAGGUGAGCACUGUUCAGCAGAGUGAUCCUGAUUACCAAUAUGUUGUUGCCGUGAAUGGCAUAGUAGACCCUAGUCCUAGGAAAAACAUUGGUGGGCAGGGUUUGACAAAUGAAACAAGUCAGUCUGUUGCAAGUUUGAAUUUUGCUUCAGUUUUUCAAAAAACUUCUCCAAAUGCCUCUUCUCCUUUGGAGAUAAGGGAUGGUAUUAAUGCUUUAAAUCCAGAUGGAAUUCUGAAUGAUUCCCUUAAUGUGCAAAGAUCCUUCCCAAUUUCUUCUACUCCAAUUCAGGUAGCUGGUUCUGGCACAGGUUAUGUACAAUUGCUUGACAAUAACUCAUGCCAGGGAAGUCUUGAGAGCAACACAUCAUAUAUUACUGCUCAGCUACACCCUGAGAACUCCAGCAUAAAUACUGCUGAUUGCAGAUACCCUUAUCAACAUAAACACGGUGUUGUUGGUCAGCCCAUGAAGCUCAAUGAACGGCGUUUUGACAACUACAACCCAGAAAAAGAAUUAUUGACUCCUGUAUAUGUUAACCCAAGUGAUGGUUACUGUGAUGAAAUUUUUGGGGGAGGGCCCUUGAAUAAGGAAAGAAGAUUCUACUCUGGAAAUCCUCUUUCAUGCUUGGAUGAUCCAAUCUGUCAACAUGCUGAGUCUUAUGAAACUACUGACUCCCCUCAUGGGAUGCCUCAUGCUUUUUCUGAUUCACAGUUGCACGAGACUGGAGCAAGGUCUGGUUACACCUCACAAGAAGGAAUUGGCCAAUCUUUCUCCUGGAACCUGAAAAAGGCUCAAUUACCUUCAACGUUACUCUCUAGUGUCUCGCAAGUGAACCUUAUGGAGCAUCAGCAUGAUUCCAUUCUCUGUCAUCCUCAAAUGGAGUGUAAGAUACCAAAAGUUGAGUCAGCUGAGAUGCGAAGAUGGCAAGAUGUAGCAUCUUCUUCUCCAUAUUCAGAAUCAUUAGGAAUGAAUGAUCCUUUUCAUAAGGAUAGCAUUUUAACUGAAAAGAAGUACCUUAUUGCUCAAACUGACUUAAGAGGAUCUACAUUUGUAGCGAAGGAUAUUAAGGAAAGUUCUGUGAAUUUAGAAAGGAUGAAGAUAAUUGAAGAAAGGAAUCCUAUUCCCAAGAAGGAUAGCAAGAUUUAUGAGGGGAAAUCGUCUAUCAUGGAUAUGGGACAUGGGACUGAAUUGCAUCUUUUGGACUCCUUCCCUGCUAAUAACUUAAAUGCUAAUAUUAAUAUGCAAAAGAAUUGGGUACUACCUUCAAAGGAUAUAGUUCCCCCGUCAUCAGGCAUGAUGGGACUCUCCCUAAAAAAUCUUGCGGACAAGAACCCGUCUGAUCUUCUUGGCUUGAGCCAAAGGACUAAUGUUGGCAAGAAAUGUACUUUGGCUGAAGGUCUGAAUGGUGAACAAGGAAUUGAUUUUUCAGUGACCAGAAAUUUUGAUUUAAAUGCUCCAAUUUUAAAAUGUGAAGAAAACUCUUUUGACAAAAGUUCUCUGGGAGGUCAUACGUUUGAGCUGUCCAUUGACCCAGAUUAUCUUGAAUCUGCUCAAAUUCAGCCUUCUAGUAAUCUGAUGGCUACAGGUUUUCUUGAAAAUCCGAUAGUAAGCUCUGCAAUUUUGUAUCCUCCUGUAAUUCAUGAUAAUCUUGGUCCAAGUUUAAACUUUCCUAUGAAUGGUCUGGAUAAUCCAAGCAAGAAUAUUUCUUUUAAAAAGGCACCUUUUCUGGAUGACUUGACUGCCAGCACUGAUCAAAUGGUUGAUCAGUUUAUCCAUGAACACUCUGCCUCUGGAAAGUCAAAAGUUGAAGAUAUAAUGUCGGGACAAUCUAAAAAUUUAGAAAGGUGUAAUGAUGUAAACCCAGUGGAGCCAUUUUUCAUAGUAGAAGACGUGACUGGUGUUGUUCCUAAACAUAUUGAGUCUUCAUUGGUAGGAACCUCACAUAUUGUGGAUGAAGUUGGAAGUGAUGUUGUAUCCCCAUCACCUACUGAAGCAGAGAGCAUCAUCCCUGAGUCUGAUGAACCUGAGGAUUUUAAAGACGAUCAAACAGACAAGAGUGACUUCCUUUCUGAUGCAAUGAUAGCAGAAAUGGAAGCCAGCAUAUAUGGUUUGCAGAUAAUAAGGAAUGCUGAUCUUGAAGAACUUACAGAGUUAGGAUCUGGUACUUAUGGAACUGUUUUUCAUGGAAAAUGGCGGGGAACAGAUGUUGCUAUAAAGAGAAUCAAAAAGAGUUGCUUUGCAGGGAGAGCUUCUGAGCAAGAACGGUUGGCAAAAGACUUCUGGAGAGAGGCACAUAUCCUCUCAAAUCUUCACCAUCCCAAUGUGGUCGCAUUUUAUGGAAUAGUACCAGAUGGGGCUGGUGGAACCUUGGCAACUGUAACCGAGUAUAUGGUCAAUGGCUCCCUUAGGCAUGUGCUUGUUAAGAAAGACAGAUUACUGGAUCGUCGUAAAAAGCUAAUAAUUGCAAUGGAUGCUGCUUUUGGUAUGGAGUAUUUGCACUCAAAAAAUAUUGUCCAUUUUGAUUUGAAAUGUGACAAUUUGCUUGUCAAUCUAAGGGAUCCACAACGACCCAUAUGCAAGGUUGGAGAUUUUGGAUUAUCAAGAAUUAAACGCAAUACCCUUGUAUCUGGGGGUGUGCGAGGAACCCUUCCAUGGAUGGCGCCGGAGCUGUUGAAUGGUAGUAGCAACCGGGUUUCUGAAAAGGUUGACGUUUUCUCAUUUGGCAUCUCAAUGUGGGAGUUAUUGACAGGGGAAGAACCUUAUGCAGAUAUGCAUUGUGGUGCCAUUAUUGGGGGUAUUGUAAAGAACACACUUCGACCACCUGUUCCAGAACGCUGUGAUCCUGAAUGGAGGAAGCUCAUGGAAGAGUGUUGGUCACCGGACCCCGAAAGACGACCGUCAUUCACAGAGAUAACUGACAGGUUGAGAUCUAUGUCUAUGGCCCUUCAAACUAAAGGGAAUUAUCAAGCAUGGAAGUUAAGCCCCAAUAGUGCUUCUUGAAACCAAGGCACAUUUUCUGCAGUCAUGUUUGAUUGUACAGGACUUUCAUUGUAUAGUGUCUUUUAAAGAAGCAGUCAAGUUUGGGGUUGGCAUGCUUUAAGGGUUAUCACAACACACUUUACCUAUUUUUUCUUGUAAUUUCUGUUCGCUAUGAUAUCUUCAUUUGUUUAUUCUUUCUUGUAAAAGCUGAGGUUGAGAUCAUGGUAUAGUUGUCUAGAUCUAUCAACUUUUGUACUUGGUGGGUGCAUGAUCGAACAUUUUGUCAAAGAAAAGGUGUCUUUUAGCGUAUAUAUACAGACCAUAGUGCUUGUAAACAUGUUUUGAUUUAUUUGAGU